AGAAAGAAGAAAGAAAAAGGUUUUGGUCGAGGUCGAGGGAAUGGCCGAGACACCCGUGGAAGAGGUCGAGGUCGUGGGCGUUUUGGUAGUCGAGGAGGAGGUCCGGGUCGCAGACAGAAUUCUCCAGAUGGGAGACAACAAGCUGAAAAUUCAACCAAAGAUCGCUCCAAACUGCAGUGUUUUAGGUGUGAUGCUUUUGGACACUUUUCGGCUGACUGUCCAA